CUCUCAGCCCCCUCCAUAAAGGCUGCUGCUGCUGCUGCUGCUGCUGCUGCCUCCCCGGACCUUGGCGCCUAGAAGGGCAAUGGCCAGGGCAUUCAGGGUGCUGGCCCCGCUUUGCCCCAGAGGCCCGGCCUUGCCCUGGGCCCCCGGGGCGCCGAGGAGGAAGAGUCUGGCCUCUGGGGCUCCUGGCUCUGCCCCCCAGAGACCCCGCAGGCUGGAGCUGAGGGGCAUCUACCCGCCCCUAGCCACCCCCUUCACCCCCCAAGGAGGGCUCGACUACGGGCGCCUGGAGGAGAACCUCCGCCUCUAUGAGAGGAUCCCUUUCAGAGGUUUUGUGGUGCAGGGUUCCAAUGGAGAAGCUCCCUACUUGACACAACAGGAACGUCUGGAAGUAGUGAGUCUGGUGCGUCAAACAAUGCCCAAGGAAAAUCUCCUACUUGCUGGGACUGGAUGUGAAUCAACUCAAAACACCAUUGAGAUGACAGCACAAAUGGCUGACAGGGGUGCUGAUGCUGCCCUUGUGGUAACUCCUUUCUACUUCCGGGGAAGCAUGACCAGUGCAGCCUUGAUCCAUCAUUACACACAGGUGGCUGAUGCCUCUCCAAUCCCUGUGAUACUCUAUAGUGUCCCAGCCAACACAGGCCUGGAACUGCCCAUUGAUGCAGUGCUCACCCUAGCACAGCACCCCAACAUUGUGGGAAUCAAGGACAGUGGUGGCAAUAUCACCCGUGUGGGACUCCUUGUCCACAAGACCCAGAAUGAGGACUUUCAAGUUCUGGCAGGAUCAGCUGGUUUUCUGCUGGCCAGCUAUAUUGUAGGUGCUGCUGGAGGAAUUUGUGCUCUUGCCAAUGUACUUGGCACUCGUGUAUGUCAGCUGGAGCAGCUGUGUCAUGCUGGAAGUUGGGAUGAGGCCCGUGAACUGCAGCAUCGGCUCAUUGAACCAAACAUUGCAGUGACUCAAAAAUUUGGAGUCCCAGGCCUCAAGCAGGCCAUGGAAUGGUUUGGUUACCAUGGGGGAUUCUGCCGUGCCCCCUUGCUCCCUUUAAGUGAGACACAAGUGACAGCACUGCGCCAGGAUUUCAGCUCCAAUGGCUGGCUCUAAAAGACAGUGCUGUUUCAAGCAAUAACUUGAAUCCUGAAAUAGCCAGUAGACUUUUUCCUGCCUAGUUGGGCAUGAAAGUUUUUACACUUACUGAAAUACAAGUCAUUCAACCUACA